AUGCUCACGCCCACCGUUGCCAACCGUCUCAGCUUCCUAUAUGCAAUUGGCAACACACCUGCCACGAGUCUCACGCGCAGCGUCCCCAUUGGCAAGGACGUGGACAUUUUGAGUCUGGGUUGUGGGGAUGUGCGAAAUAUUCUCUUCACUUCAUACGUGGAAAGAGGACUAGCCAAGAGAAAGAUUGAUGUGACCUGUUGCGAUUACGACGAGAAAGUCAUUGCCCGGAAUAUCUUGUUCUUGACGCUGCUGCUGGAUAGCCCCGGCCGUGUUGCGCCGAGCUGCCUUUGGGAUAUAUACUAUCACCUUUAUGUGGAUGAUGCUACUGUGGAAGAAGUCCUGAAGCAUGUGAGGAAGCUGCUGCCCCUUCUCGAGUCUCUCCAGACCUGGAAACACGGGCCUUACGCCAACAUCAUUAGAGUCUCUGACCAAGCCACUCUUGAGGAUGUUCGAUCCGUGUGCCGCAGAAUUCUCCAUGGCGCGGAGCAGCGAAACACUGCUUCUUAUGCCGCGGCUUUCAAGAAGAAUUUGAAAAAGACUUCGGAGACGCUAGAGGCCUUUUCUGGAAAGACGGCCUUUGAGACGUAUUCUACCCACGGGACUGUGACGCCUCAUCAUGCAGAAAAUACGGUGCCGAAUCCAAUGUUUGCGAGUCUCGUCUCCCAGAUGGACGUCCUUCAUUACGGAAGCGAUCCCACUCUUGGCUAUCAUUUGGCUGUUGCGUUUGCACCGCUGUCUGAGAAUUCGCCUCUUGCAAUGGAUCAUGAAAAGACGGAGUAUAAGACGGCAGAGGCCGCGAGAGCCCAGUUCACCGAAUGGAUUGCCGCUUUCAGGGAGCUUGCGUCUCGGGGGAUGGUGGUGCGGUUCAUGGUCGCCGACGUAUUUGCUUGCUGCCACACCUUGCAGCACUCAGCGAGCACCGGCAAGCCAUCUGGGAAUUGGUACCGAAGACAGUGGGAUUUGAGACCCUUGGAGCUGGAUAGCGAUGAGUACGGACCGGCUGGAAAAGGGCCGACUGCGUUUGACGUUGUCGACAGCUCCAAUCUUUCCGAUCAUGUAGGCGCCUUGAACAUCAUUGUUGCGGCUUCGUCGCUGCUGAAGACUGAGCCGUGGGCUACGCUGUAUACCGAGUCUCUUCUCAAGCGUGGAAAAUCGCAGAAAGAAGCGUUUGAAAAGCUGCUCUGUGGCAACAUUACCACGGUGUUGCUUCUCCUCGGUAUCAGUCCCGUGCAGUACUGGACGAAUGCCAAGUGCGAGUCUCAUGUGGAUGAGAUCUUUCUUACCGUGAUUGCGGGCACAAUGAGAGCGCCGCAAGCGCAGAUCCAUAGCCGUCUGGCGUGGAAGCGAGAUGACCAGCUGUCUGGGACGCUGGGGGGCCGAGGAAAGCUACACAUUGAUGCCUCUGCCCUCGUUCGCAUCUUGUUUGACAUGUACAUGCGGAUGUUCUCGGGGGAGGAUUACAAAAUAUCUGCCAGCACGGCACUGGAGAGAUCUUCGGCUUACACCCAUUUUCAUCGGGGAACCUUCGCCUCGUUUCUGAAGGUGGUCAAGCACCGGGUCAGAACAGAUUGGCCGGCUGUCUGUUCUCAGCUCUUUAAUAAGAUAUCUCAGGAUCGAACUCUAGCCUUGUCGACGAACCAGCUUCAGGAGCUCGGAAUCCAGAUGCAUUUGCAAGACGUGAGCACCGAGUCGUGGCUGCUCCGCGAUAGCGACAGCUUGUCCAACGGCGGGCGGUUCCGGACUUGGAAGAACGUCCCUCUCGCUGUGGCCGUCACUGGCAAAAACCGAGAAAAGGCAUCUCCAACCUUUGUUGGCUCGCUUCGUGCGGGACCCAACUCGCCAAACCAGUGGCAGAACAUGUACAGCGAUGUCCAUAUUGUCUUUGGAAAGGUCGAGAAUUCCCCCAAGGACGAAAACACCCCCCUCGUCGUUGAGCGGGAUGACCAAGGGUGGAGCGGCAGCUCAGCCUUGAUUGCAUCCUUUGUUGUGCCCACCGCUGCGCUGCAAGUUGACCCUGUAGACGCACGAGUUGCGAUUUGCAUACCGCCGUCGGCGCAAGCUGCAUAUCUGUACAUGGGAAUGCUGGGGUUUGAAAUGACGGUUUUUGAAACAAAGCUGUCGGCAGCUUCAAGCGUCUUUGUCACGAAACUCAUGCCAGGUCUCUCGGGACAUAAAAGCGUGUGCAGCGGGGUUGAGAAUUUUGGAGAUGUUGUGGAUGAUGCUGGGAACGGCACGAGUAGCAAGAUUAUGGCGGAAGUCCCUGCUUCGGAAUCCAAGAUUACGACGGUCACUGGGCAUGUUGACAUUCUCUCGGACAAGGGCAAAAAGAUGCUACAGGACAAGGUCCCGAUUCAACUUCAACAGCGCGACCCGUUUGUUAUUGAUGUCAUUUUUGGGAAUAACGCCUUGACAGGCAGCCGAUCAAGAGUCGCAAGAAAGUCGGGCUACAUUGAGGUUGUCGCCCGAGUGGCCAGUUCCAAGGACUCGGUAAUUCUUUCGGAUUUUAUCUACCCUACGAGAUUGGACGGACAGGGCUUCCCGGCUGCUCUUAAUGCUUCACAUAUGAAUUUGGACGCACUUCCUGUUCUGGAUCUAGAAAAGAAAGACCAGAUGCAGUGGCUUGUGACAUUGGCAUCAUUGGAGUUUUCUCCCAGGGAGAAGAAGAUGAGAGACGAGGCCGAUAAGAAGAGUGGGAUAUCCGAAAACCUGCGGGUCAACUUCAAAGAAUCCUUACUCACCAUGUUCAUGUUGACGUCCGGACUACAAGGAGGGCAGACUGGCAUGUUUGCCAUCAAUCACCCUGAAAAGGGUGGUAUUCACAUGCUGAUAUUAGUCUCGGCGUUGAAGCUCGACGCAGACUGUUCUUCCGUAGUGUUGGAUGCAGCAGUGAUACCCAUGACUAACCAGCUCGUCAGUUCUGGCAGCAUGGAACCAUUCUUGGUUCUCAUUCGAACACUGGAAUGCUGCAGCAUCAACGUCAAUGAUGCGGAGCUUAUUCUGUGGAAGCGAGUGCUACCUGCGUUGGCAGAACGUUGUCGUACAUGGAGCCAUCGUUCUGACUGCGAGUACAAAAGAAGGGGGGCCACAGUUCCCCUGAGCCUGGUGCCGGGAGAAAAGGUUCUGUGCUCUUGUGGAAACGGAAAGUUGCCCAAGAACUUCAUUUCAGUACCAGAAUGGGAAACGGCCGCCCCGAAUGCCGUUCGUAUUGCCAUCAGCCCGACAUUUUCAGUGCCCCUUGUGGAGGAUGUCGUUGACCCCGGGGACAUGGCCAAGGGGAAAGGGCAGUUGGCGGCAGGCGAUAGAUGUCGAAGCUGUGGAACAGCGGCUGCUAAAGAUGGAGGAUCAUUGAAGAAAUGCAUGAGGUGCCAAGUGGUCAAGUAUUGUUCGACGGAAUGCCAGAAGGAAGACUGGAAGAAGCAUCGUAUGGAGUGCAUGGAUGUUGAUGGAUGA